AUGGUUUUGUCGAUAGUUAAAGAUACAAUCAAAGAAAUAGCUAGCAUGAAAUUUAGAAAAAUUCUAAUUUAGGGAGCUAGUUUGGCUAUGAUUGUUGGAUCUGCUUUGAUGAUUUGGAAAACAUUAAUGGUACUUACAAUGAGUGAUUCUCCUGUAGUCGUAGUACUUACAGGUAGUAUGGAACCUUUAUACUAUAGAGGUGAUAUCCUUUUCUUGUAUAACAGAGAAGAAAAGAUUACUACAGGUGAUGUCGUAGUUUAUCAAAAUGGAGAAUAAGAAAUUCCAAUUGUUCACAGGGUUAUUGCUGUUUAAGAAAAAGAAGAUAACGAAUAUUAUAUUUUAACAAAGGGUGAUAACAAUUUUAGUGACGAUAGAGGUCUCUAUUCACCUCCUAAGUUAUGGAUCCAUAAAAAAGAUGUCUUAGGUAAAGUAAAAGGCUACUUACCUUAUCUCGGAAUGGUAACAAUUAUUUUAAAUGAUUACCCUACAGUUAAGUAUGUAGUUUUAGGUUUGAUGGGAUUAUUUGUUUUAAUCGCUAAGGAUCCUUAAAGCUGA